CUUUUGAAUUCAUUUUUAGAUGCAAAGAAAAAGGCAACAUUGAAAAGUUUCCAACUCCCAACGGCAAAAGUCAGUCUCUGGCCCCAAACUUUCCAAUUUUCCAGACACCUGUGGUUGUUUUCAUGUGAAAAAACGGAAAACAAAUUCUCUUCUAAACAAUGAGAGGAGGACACGUGUGCAUCGUCGUCAGUUUCCUCCUCCUCCUAGCUUCCGUUAGCGGGGAGUUCGCUGGCGAUUACUCGAAGCUGUCGGGAAUUAUCAUCCCGGGGUUCGCGUCCACCCAACUGAGAGCAUGGUCAAUAUUGGACUGCCCUUAUUCUCCUCUCGAUUUCAAUCCUCUCGAUUUAGUCUGGCUUGACACCACCAAACUUCUUUCUGCUGUGAAUUGCUGGCUGAAGUGCAUGAUGUUAGAUCCUUACAAUCAAACAGAUCAUCGGGAAUGCAAGUCUCGACCUGAUAGUGGCCUUUCUGCUAUCACGGAGCUUGAUCCGGGAUACAUUACAGGUCCUCUGUCAUCAGUGUGGAAAGAAUGGGUUAAGUGGUGCAUUGAAUUUGGUAUCGAGGCUAAUGCAAUCAUUGCAGUUCCAUAUGACUGGAGAUUGUCUCCAUCAAAGCUUGAGGAGCGAGAUCUUUACUUUCACAAACUAAAGCUAACUUUUGAAACUGCUCUUAAACUUCGUGGUGGGCCUUCAAUAGUUUUCGCUCAUUCAUUAGGUAACAAUGUCUUUAGAUACUUCUUGGAGUGGUUGAAAUUAGAGAUUGCUCCAAAAGAGUAUUUGCGAUGGCUAGACAAUCACAUUCAUGCCUAUUUUGCUGUUGGAGCUCCUCUUCUUGGUGCUAUUGAGACAGUCAAAGCAACAUUAUCGGGGGCUACAUUUGGUCUUCCUGUUUCUGAGGGGACAGCUCGCCUGAUGUUCAAUACUUUUGGAUCUUCUAUGUGGAUGUUGCCAUUUUCAAAAUAUUGUACAACAGAUAAUGUGUACGGGAGGCAUUUCUCUGGCGGAGACCGGAAAAACCAUCACGCCUACCAUUGCGAUGAGCAUGAGCUUCAAUCAAACUAUUCUGGCUGGCCAACAAACAUAAUCAAUAUUGAAGUUCCUUCAAUUCGAGGAGGGGAUAAAGCUUAUCCAUCAUUUGUAGAAAUUGCCCAAGCUAACUUGUCUGGAAUGGAAUGUGGAUUUCCAACGCAAUUGUCUUUUUCUGCUCGCGAAGUCUCUGAUGGGACCUUUUUCAAAGCCAUAAAGGAUUAUGAUCCUGAUAGUGAAAGGCUCUUGUACCUUUUACAAAAGUCUUACCAUGCCGAUCCGAUUUUAAAUCCUCUAACACCUUGGGAAAGACCACCUCUCAAGAACAUAUUCUGCAUUUAUGGCAUAGAUUCGAAGACUGAGGUUGGUUACUAUUUUGCACCCAGUGGGAAACCUUAUCCUGAUAAUUGGAUUAUAACAGAUGUGAUAUAUGAAAUUGAAGGAUCUCUGUAUUCACGGUCAGGAAAUCUGGUUGAAGGAAAUCCAGGUGCAACAAGUGGGGAUGAGACGGUGCCAUACAAUUCCCUCUCCUGGUGCAAGAAUUGGCUGGGGCCAAAAGUGAACAUAACAAGGACACCACAGUCAGAGCAUGAUGGCUCAGAUGUACAAGUGCAUCGAAAUAUAGAGCAUCAACAUGGAGAAGAUAUCAUUCCCAAUAUGACAAGGUUACCUACGGUGAAGUACAUAACCUAUUAUGAGGAUUCUGAAAGUUUACCAGGAAAGAGAACAGCAGUUUGGGAGCUUGAUAAAGCAAAUCACAGGAACAUUGUCAGAUCUCCAGUUUUGAUGCGGGAGCUGUGGCUUGAGAUGUGGCAUGAUAUUCAUCCUGAUAAAAAGUCUAACUUUGUUACAAAAGCAAAGCGUGGGCCUCUGAGGGAUGAGGACUGCUAUUGGGAUUAUGGAAAAGCCCGAUGCGCAUGGCCUGAACAUUGUGAAUACAGAUAUUUAUUCGGGGAUGUUCACCUGGGGCAGAGUUGCAGAUUGAAGAAUUCUACAUAUGAUCUCCUGUCGCACUAUGUAUGAUUUUAAAGUCGUAGGAGGCAAAAGCUGGGCAACUUUUAAGUGAUGGUUCUGUGCUUUCCCUCUAGUAAUCGUGUCCGAAGGUCCUGACUAUCUUUCUGAGAGAUGAAAAAAGUUCGGAUUAGCAGCCGUAGAAUUGGUUUUCCUCCAAAAUAGGAGCUUCCCAAUUUCAAGAACCUAAAAACAAGGGGGACUAUUAAUGGUCAAAAGAUAUUGAGCUGAAACUAGAAAACUCCCCAGAAAUAAUACAAAGUCUGCAAAAAGGAGUCAAGUAUCUUCACUACUGAGAAUGAGUUGGAAGACCAACUUCCCUCGUACUGUGCUAAUUCAUCACCAAUGACAAUCUUUUUGCCAGAAGAAUUUUGUUUUAAGGGAUAAGUUUUCAUGUGGUUUGCAGAAAGCAGAUGUACAUUCCACAAAUAUUAGAAGAACAAGGCCUAACGAUUCAGAGAGCAAAGACUGGAUGUUCGUCUGGACUGCAUCGCAUCCAACUUUGUGUAUCAUUAACUUGGAGAGUUUCUGGAUCACCUGUACAUCCAAAUGGAAGAAAAUUUGUAGAGUAUCAGAUGUAGCACCAUAACAUGUUUCACAUUAGAGUGUAAUUACAACGAAGAGUCAAAUAGCUCUAUUCAUUUUAAGGAAGACUAUGAUGAUCAUUUAUAUGCGUUGGUGUUUUGAGUGCCAACAGUUGACCACACGUCUGAAAAUGUAACCCAUAUAUUGAGACUCCAUUAGUUAUUUAGUUUUGACUAUUUAGAUAAUGGAAUUACACAAUCCAAGUCUUUGCAUGGAUGAACUAUUUGGGUUCAAGCACAAGAACUGAAUGUCUUUUUUCGCCAUUCUUUCCUCUGUAAUCUGUCAUCAACAACAGAGAAUUGGUAAAGUGAUGCAGAAUACAACCAAGUGCCAAUACUGGGGCCAUAAAUGACAGGUCUUGUUGAAUA